UCUCUGUUAAUACAGAGAGGCAUAACUGAGAUUAAAAAAAAAGGUUGUGGUUGGUCAAGCUAGGGUCUGAACCUCCACUUAGCCAACGGUUCGACCCCGACCGGCCACCAUUAACACAACAAAAAGCAAAAAACUAUAACAAUAAAAAUGAAAGGACCUACGAUUAUGCAUUCGUUCUUCGUUUUAUUUUUCACAUUUGCUGCAAUAAUUCCAAGUUUCAAGGCUCAUAUUGGAGAGUUCGACGAAGUGUGGAGGAGGAGAGCCGAGGAAGCCAGAAAGGUCGCUCUCCAAACUUAUGAGAGCGAACCUGAAAAUGUCACAUUAGCAUUUAACAAACAAGUCCGUGAUGCUAUGAAGGAAUUAAGUGAAGUAAUACCACAGAAUGACACAAGAAGGGAGCUAGGUACCAAAAAAUACACGGGCCCUUGUAUGGUCACAAAUCCAAUUGAUAAGUGCUGGAGAUGUGACCCUAAUUGGGCAGACAACAGGAAAAAGCUAGCAGAUUGUGCAAUGGGCUUUGGAUCCAAGGCCACUGGCGGAAAGGCCGGUAGGUUCUAUGUCGUCAGUGAUUCUUCAGAUGAUUAUACCGACCCAAAACCAGGAACCCUACGUCAUGCUGUUAUUCAAAAGGAGCCAUUGUGGAUCAUAUUUGACAGAGGAAUGACCAUUAGGCUACACCAGGAGUUGAUCAUGCAGAGUGAUAAAACUAUUGAUGCUCGUGGAGCUAACGUUCACAUUGCUGGUGGCGCUGGUAUCAUGAUCCAGUAUAUAAAAAACGUGAUUAUACAUGGCCUACACAUUCAUGACAUUGUCCAAGGAAAUGGUGGCAUGGUUAGAGAUGCAGUGGACCAUAUUGGACUACGAACAAUGAGUGAUGGAGAUGGCAUUUCCAUAUUUGGUGCGUCUAAUAUUUGGAUUGAUCAUGUGUCAAUGUGGAAUUGCUAUGAUGGAAUUAUUGAUGCUGUUGAAGGAUCCACCGGUAUCACCAUAUCAAAUGGCCAUUUCACAGAUCAUAAUGAGGUGAUGUUGUUUGGUGCGAGUGAUAGUUCUUCAAUAGAUCAACAAAUGCAAAUUACACUAGCAUUCAAUCAUUUUGGAAAGAGAUUGGUGCAGAGAAUGCCGAGGUGCAGAUGGGGAUACAUCCAUGUUGUUAAUAAUGACUAUACUCACUGGAAUAUGUAUGCUAUUGGUGGUAGUAAAAAUCCUACCAUUAUUAGCCAGGGUAAUCGUUUCAUUGCUCCUCCUGACAUCUUCAAGAAACAGAUAACAAAGAGGGAGUACUCUCCAGAAUCAGUGUGGAUGCAGUGGACAUGGAGAUCAGAGGGAGAUUUAUACAUGAAUGGGGCAUAUUUUGUACAAUCUGGUGAUCCUGAUUGGUCAAAGAAACAUCAACAUCUUUACGAUGGAAUAUCGGCAGCCCCAGCAGAUCAAGUUACUUGGAUUACAAGGUUUGCAGGGGCACUUGGUUGCAAGGUAGGACAGGCUUGUUAGAAACUGCCAGGAAUUCAAUAAUAUUAUAACCACCACCGGAUACUAUACAGUAUAUUUUUGUACAUAAUCGAGACCCUCUCAAUUUUGAGUAUUUCUAGUUUUGUAAUCAUUGUUUCGAUUAUGGAAAAGAAAUUCUUUUUUGAUUAA